AUGGACACUAGUGCUGCCACCCACGCGUCGCAAGAUUGGAUCGCGCUGGGAUCGCAAGACAGCGUGGUCCCAACGCCGGAUUGUGACACAUUCCCAACACCAGAUCUUCACACAGGUCUUGACUUCUCGCGAGACCUCUACGCGCCUUGGGAACCGGAGUACAAGGUGUUCGAGAUUGUUUGGGUGAGUGUGGCAGCCGUGUCGUGGAUCUCGCGUAGUGGCAUCCGUGGUAUUGAACUGCUGCUGAUCGUGAUUUGGUUUCAGGCUGCCCGCGACGCGGCUUUGAUGGCGUUCGGUGGCUGGGACGACGACGACACACCCGCAGACUCAAGCAGCGAACGGGCCUUCAGCGUGCUCGACAGCCCGUCGUUCAGCGCGCACGCGCUUUCCAUUGAUCGCGCGCCAAGUCCGGGGCACGCCCGUGGCGAGGUGCACACGUGCCGUACAAGUGGCAAGUCUCGAAAGAGACAAGCAUUGCCAGAAGAUUAUUUCUCGGAGGGCACCCGCCCACGGAAAAGGAGCAAAGCUGCGGCCCAUGAGGCCGCAACCAGUGGGGCCCAGACGGAGGCUGCCCAAGUGUCUCAAUCCGGACCAACCUUGCAGGCUGAAGUCAAGGCCUCACUAGAGUCAACUAAUAUAUCCAACAAAUACCACGAUGAGGAUGAUCUCCUCACCGAGGUACCACAGGUUGAAGCUAUACCGUCAACCUCUGCAAGACCUAGCCCUCAGCUAGCAGAAGAGGCAGGUAUAUUGUUCUUGCCGGUGGAGGAGGAAGCCGGAGUGGAAGAUGAAGAGCCAAGCGAUAACACCAGAGAGGGUGACGACGGAGCCCAUGAAAGUAGUGGAGGCGACGGCGAGGCACAUGUGGAAGCUCGAUCCCAGAGCGGCGAGAACAAAAAAGAUGCUGGCAACGAUGCAGGCGAUGGUGCGAGCGACAAGGACGAGGAAUCGUCGCAGAAGAAAAAACGUGGGGUUUUCUGCGAAGUGCACAACAAAUUCUUCGCAGACCGGAGUAGCUUUGCCCGACACAGAAGGACAACGGAGGGACACCCCCAAUACCAGGGCAAGGUAAAAUGCGAAUGGUGCGGUACAUUGGUGAGCCGGGGCGACGCGAUGAAGAGGCAUCUGUCGGAUACGUGUCGUGGUCGGCAUCGUGAUCUCGUCGAAUGA